AUGAUAAGAAGGCCUGACAAUCAAAGUCCAGAAGAUGAAAACCUGCGAAUUAAAAGGGUAAGAAUAGAGUCAGUUGAGCGGAACAACGAAGAAGAGGAAAAUUGCAUACCGAGAAUACAAAAUACCGUCAUAGAUAACCACCACAACAGCCCAGAAGCAGUAGUGGAAAUCGUUGGAGAGAGAACUCUUGAGAAUGCUUCUGAAGAAGAGGAAGAUCUAUCCCUGUUUAGGGCGCUUGAAGACGGCUCAGGUAGCGGUCAUAACACCACUAACAAUGAUUUCAGAAAUAAUGACAGGGGAACAGCGUCCAACGAAGGCCUCGAAGCAGAUUCUAGUAGUAAUGCCGCACUAACGAACCAUGACGAAGAACCGCACACAGUUGAGCUCCUUUCACAAACAGCAAAUACUUCGAGUGCUUCCCCAACGCUGGAAGCAGCACCGCCAGCAACGAACCCCGGAACGAACAGCAAGGAACAAACUGUUGAUUUAACUACAGACGCCAUAGACUUAGACGCUGAAGAGCAGCAAGUGUUGCAAAUAUCAGAUGACGACUUCCAGGAGGAGACCAAAGAAGUGCCCAAAGAGUAUGGUGCAGCCAAGGACUAUCGUUGCCCAAUUUGCUUUGAACCUCCAGAGACUGCGCUCAUGACCUUAUGUGGCCACGUGUUUUGUUGUCCAUGUCUGUUUCAAAUGGUCAAUAGCUCCAGAACCUGUAGACAGUUCGGCCAUUGCGCUCUUUGUAGAAGUAAAGUGUAUUUAAAAGACGUGAGGCUGAUUAUACUAAGGAAAAAGCAAGUCAAGAAAAAGGUGAAAAGCUAG